AUGUAUGAGGCAAGCCGUGAGCUUGUUUGGUUAAGGAACAUGACCGGCCAUGUCUUAAAAGAGAGUGGUAUGGCCGUGGGACAAGAGAAGGAGGAGCCAAUGAUCAUCUACAAGGACAAUGCAGCGUGCAUUGCUCAGCUCAAGGAAGGAUACAUCAAAGGAGACAGGACAAAACACAUCCUGCCCAUGUUCUUUUUCACCCACGACUUGCAGAAGGCGAAGGAGGUUCAAGUAGUUCAAGUCCGAUCCAGCGACAACUCAGCCGACCUUUUCACCAAGUCUCUGUCGACCUCAACAUUCAGGAAGCUGGUUAAUUAA